CUACUCAGAAGAGAGGAACUCGAGUUGAGUCGAAAUUGUCUGUGGUGUUUUGGGAAUUUGCAGAGCCGUUAAACCCUAGUGUGUCGUCGUCUGACGGAGAAGAAAACCAUAGACUGGUGAAGAAGAUAAUCUGAUUUCGAUGUCGAAUAACAAAGACCACAAUUCCGAUUCCGACGAUGCACCUGAAGAAUUCACCCAGGAGCAGGCGAAGCUGGAAGAUGCAGCGUUGAGGAAAAUACAGAGAGACAAUAAGGCUAGAGUUUCCCGUGAAAAGAAAGAGAGUCGCAGGCUUUUAGCAGAGAAAAUAACGCCAAGGCAAUCACGAAAGAUUGAAACAUUUGAAGAUAUAGAAGAAGAAGAAGAGCCAGAGGAAGACCCUGAGUCUCUUGCGAAGAAGGGAUUCCUUUCCAAAAACAUCAUAGACUUUCUUGCCGAUCGGGAAAAACAGAAAAACGAGUCGGAUUCUGACGUAGAGGAUGCCACAGAAGAUAUCCCUAGAAAGAAAAAGCAAAAGAGCUCAGGGAUCGAAACGGUUAUUUACAAGGAGAUUCCACCACCAGAAUGCUUAAAAACCGGGUUAGAUUUCUUGAAGAAGCGGAAAGAGCAAGUCCCUAGAUCGUCUUCAAUACUCAAGAACUCCGGCCAAGCUCUGCGACUUGUCACCGGUGCUGCUUUAGCCAACAAGAAGCAGCGACAGAGAAAUUGAAACUGUAAAAGAUUCAAAAUCCUUGGGGGCUUCAAUGCCAUUACAUUUUUGUUUCACUCGCAUUAAAUCAGCUUCAUUUGCUACUUCUAAGACUUCAUGUAUUAGAUAUUUACUACAUAUUGCUCAGUCGCUCUCUAUACGAUAUUCUGUUUUAUAUUAAGGUAAUUAUGA